CAAACGCAGAGCGGGAAUCGCGAGUUGGUGGAACGCCAGGUCCAGUGGAGGAUUCGGCGUUGCGGUGAAGUGUAGUGAUGGCCCCAAGCGUGCUCGCAAAGGCCUUUUUUAGAAUGGGGGCGUCUCAGGGGAAACCGCGCCGCGCCGCGUCGCGCCUGUCCAUCGGGCACGGUCCAGAGCGAGGUCCAGAGAGCUGCCGGAGCUAUGCUGCCGCCGUGGCCAAGGGGCUGGAGGUGGCCAUGCCCUGGGGCGGCAAGGUGCGCGGCCGCGUGGUGGAGCCCACGAACAGCGCGCCGCCCUACCAGGCCUUCCUGGGCAUCCCGUACGCCAAGCCGCCCACGGGCAAGCUGCGCUUCAUGCCUCCACAGCCCGUGGAAGGCUGGACGGGGGUCCGCGACGCCGUGCAGGAGCCCGACCUGUGCCUGCAGGUGGACUACAACUCCAAGAAGCUUGUGGGCUCCGAGGACUGCCUGUACCUCAACGUGUACCGGCCGCCGGGGACGCAGCCGAACGCCAAGAAGCCCGUCAUGGUGUACAUCCACUACGGCAUGUGGACCCUGUCCAACUCGUCCCUCAACGAGGUCGGCCCGGAGUUCUUCGUGGCCAAGGACAUCGUCGUCGUCGUCAUCCAGUACCGGCUCACGGCCUUCGGCUUCCUCAGCCUGGCCUCGCCUACGGUGCCGGGCAACAUGGGCAUCAAGGACUGCAUGCUGGGCCUGCGCUGGGUGCACGACAACAUCACGGCGUUCGGCGGCGACCCGGCCCAGGUCACCGUGUCCGGCUUCUGCGUCGGCGGCCAGAUCGCCAACCUGAUGCAGUACCAGGACGAGUGCAAGGGGCUGUUCCACCGCAACAUCAGCCUCUCGGGGGCCAUCGGCAACUCGUGGUUCGGGUUCGUGCCGGCCGACGUGAUGCGCGCCCGCAGCCUCAAGCUGGCGAGGCUGCUGGGUUGCCACUCGACCAACGACGAGGAGGUCCUGGCCUUCCUGCAGGCCGCGCCGGCCGACCAGCUCUUCGCCAAGGCGUGGGACGUCGUGGACGAGCCCGCCGCCGACAGGCCCAACCCGCCCUUCAUGCCCGUCAUCGAUGCGGUGGCGGGCCGCGGCAACGCGGUGGCCCCCGAGCACCCCAUCGCCCUGAUGCGCAAGCACCGCCAGCACGCCGUGCCCACACUGUUCGGCGUGGCGCGCGAGGAGGGCCACGUGUUCCGCGACUUCACCAAGUUCUGGGCAGGGACCUACACCGAGGAGAAGGACCUGCCGGAGCGGGGCCCCAAGGCGGAUCGCAUGCUGCCGUGGGACCUCGACCUGCCGCUCGGCUCCCCAGAACGGGAGGCCGUCGCCAAGGAAAUCCAGCAGCUCUACUUCGGCAACGCCAAGACCCCGACACUGUACCAGUUCUAUGAAUGGAUGAGCGACGCCACCAUCAUGGGCGGCAUGAUCGAGUCCGCCAGACACCACGCGACCCACCCCGCCAAGCCGGACACCUACCUGUACUGCUUCGCCGUGGAGGCGGCCUUCAACCGGGGCCGCGUCAGGCACAACAUCCUGCCGGGCGUUGUGGUCCACACCGACGACUUGGGGUACUUCUUCGGCUGCGGCGCCACGGCUCCCGGGCCGGAGAAGCCUGUCGCCCCGGACAGCAUCGAGGCGGUGACGCGGCGGAGACUCGUCGGCCUGAUGGCCAACUUCGUCAAGACCGGGGACCCGACACCGGCCGGCGUCGCCGACCCCGACCUGGGCGACGUGCGGUGGCCCCGCUUGCCGGCGACCCUGGGCGCGCCCUACCCCUACCUGGAGAUCGGCAACGACCUCACCGUCAAGUACGAGCUGUACGGCGCGCGGAUGCGCUUCUGGCAGACGCUGUACGACCGCUACUUCACCACGGGGGACACGCCCCAAGCCAGGAAGCCAGUCACUUUCCAGGAUUAAAAACGCAGGAUUUUUUUAUUUUGAAAUAUUAUACAUAAAGAUUGAUAAAAGAUA